UCUUAGCAACAGGCGUCCAGUAGGCUGUUAGCAAGCUAGCCCAGAACACAGUCUUCGCUCAGUAUGGAUGACGACCUAGACGAACUGCUUGAUGAAGUUGAAAAAAAGUUUUUCCGCAACGAUUCAACACGAUCUGAAACGCGGACCGAUUCAAGCAACACUCCAAAAUACCCGAGAGAAAAUGAUAAUAAACAGAGUGCUCCAGAAGACAUCGAUGCCCUCCUGGAAGAGUUAUUAGAUGAUGGUUCGACGCGUGUACAGAACAUGUGUGAUAAAUUGCCUUUUUUCCAAACUGACCAGAUCCCCAAAGGAAGCAAGGUAGAAGGGAAAUCCUUGACUCAAUCAGAAGACAAAAAAUGCCGUCCUGUUUUCCUCGGUGGAACCUCGAUCCCGUAUGGAGUUGGAACUUUGUUGUCACAGAGGUCGUGUGACCAGUUGAGGUGUACAUCCUGUGACUUCCGGAUCCUGACGUUUGAAGACCAGGAAUGGGACUCCGCCUGUGACUAUCUAUUCCUCAGGAACAAUAUGCCAGAUGGGGAGAGACUGCGAGCAAAGCUGAGGAGGAGCAAAGGGAAACGGGCCUACGCUUGCCAGUGCAGCUGGUUCUCUGCUCGAGACCUGGCCGACCUCGGCCAGCAGCCUCAGCUCAGAUGGGUGUGUGGUAAACAUCCAGCAUGAAAGGGGUUGAGAGCCACCCAAAUGGAGAAUUUGAGGCCUAUUCCGUAGUUGCAUUCAGCCCUGUCCCUUUUGGUUUAGAUAUAUCUGGCAAUUCUUGGAAGGUUCUUGGUCAUUCAGUGUUUUGAGAUCCAGUCCGUGAUGGAAUGGUUUCCACGUUUCCCUGAUUCAAAACUCUCCUGUUUCCAUUCACGUCCAGCUAAUCGAUUCCAUAAUUCUGUGUUGCAACUGUAGCAUAAACUUCAAAUAUUUGGAUACCUAUAUGAAAAGCUCACCCCCAUUGCACACUAUUGACAAGCUCCCUGUUUAUCUGCUGCCGUUUACUUUGUCCCGGGACUACAGGUGAUGGUUCAAUUCACUUAAUGCAAUUGCAUUGUGAGUAAAUUGCUGUAUGAUUGGGGAUUACAUUUGAAUAACGGUGAGUCGUGGACAGACAAUGUAUUCUGUCAGAGGGCUCUGUUCCCUGCUUCCAUAUACCCCAAAGUGUGUAGUUCACUGCUUGGCCACUAAGUGGGUUAUGAGUCUAGGGAUAUUCAAUAAGGGAAGGAACCAACAGAGCUAAAUAUGGCUGCACCUAGAUUAUAGAAUCUUCUAAGGGAUAAGGAUGGUAGAAACUGGAAUCUUCUGGUCUCGGAGUAAAGUAUCUAUCCUUGAGCACUAUCCCUGGUGGUAGUCAAUGGGCCCUUUUAGCCGAUAACAUAUCAGGAAGUUAUGGGAAUAUUGUCCCAAAGAGAGCUGUAUAUAUAUUUACUAUUUUUAUUAAAUCUUAUACAAUUUGUGAUUAUUUCUUAUCCGUCUUAUUUGUACAUAGUUCAAGGAUCAUGUAUUUAACAAUGAAAGCAUUAAAAAAUGUCUUGUUUUGAAAA